GUCGUCGAGCGGUUCGUUGCUGCGAAUGUGCGGUUGCGCAUUGACAACAGUUACGAAAAUAAUAUUUUGUUGUUGCUAGCUUAUUUUGGUACUAUACAGAGCGUGUAUUUCCGCAAAGAACUCCGAAAAUUACGGGAAAAGUGACUAAUUAUUGGUGGUUUAUUUAUAGCGGCGCGCAACAAGUGUUUCUGGUAUUGCAGACAAUAAAAGUGCAUUUACAUUUUUUAAGAAAAUUCCAUUCUGCUUAUGUUGUUGCAACAACUUUKGUGCUGUUCACAAAAUUUGAUUCUUACCGUUAAGCUGUUCAAUUACUUUGCAUAUCGUGGCAAAGUUGCUUUUGUAUACACGUGUUGUUGCUGUGUUAGUACAAUGAAAUCGUAAACGCAUGUGCAACAUUUUGGCUCGAAGCGUAGAAACAUUUGGCACAACCAUAAAUCACAAGCUUGCCUCGGUGCCAACAGCAACAACAAGAACAACWACUAUACUUAUACGCCUGUUAACCGUGUGGUGAUAUUGCAAGAUAGUAUUUCUUUGACAAGCACCAUCAAAUGUCAUGUGUUAUGUUCUCACCAACUUGGGGUAGAUUUGAGUUGCACGAAGCUUACAUUGAUUUCUUCGCAAAUACUCUUUCAUCUAUUCGAUGUAAAUCUUUGAGCUCCUGAGGAGGGUGCGUCGAAGACCAAAACGGUUUCUUCCAAUCGCACUCGGAUAUUUGGGGAAAAAGAAAUGCUUUCUACCUGACGAUAAUUGCCCUUUUGACAGAGUGUUAAUUAAACAAGAAGCCAAUACAAAUUAUUUUCAUAUUCAUCUGUUCAGUGAUCAGAAUAUACCUUACGAGUGAACAGCCUACUUAUACAUUUAAGUACAUCUGACCGAGUGCUUAGAUCAAUAAGAUAUAUGUAAUAAGAAAACACAACGCUGCCGGGGUAUUUCCUGAAAUAUUUCACUUGCACGACUUGUUUUCGAAAUGAAAUGAUUCAUUCGUGAGGGCUUUUAAUGCAAGAAUCUCAAAACAAUAUACUACUUGUAUGAAAGAAAUCAUAGUUUGCUGGGAAUAUGAAUCGCCUACAUAUAAUUGUUCAUCCUGUGAAAAAGGAGCUACGUCGGGAUAAAUGCGGUUUUGACCACUCACCAGCAGAUGACUUCGUUAAAUCACAAUGGCAGAGUCGCACCAAAAGCGUCGUGUAUUUAAUUUAUCGUUGGGUUAUUGCGUUGUUCUUCACUGCCGUCGUCAUAGAUUCGAUGCUCGAAAAGGAGGAGGGUUCGUCGACAAACUUUUGGCUGUAUUUUAUUUACCUGACCAACUGGGGUGUAAUGCUUUGUAUGUUUACAAAUCUAUUGGGCGCCAUUUUGGUCACCACAUGGCAUUUUCAUCCAGAGUAUGCGGAUAACCUGUUAAAUAUGGAGUCGCUAACUAGUCCAUUCGUUAUCUAUUGGGGCAUGCAUAUUAUAUCUUUAGUCCUUUCAAUAGUGAUAACCAUAAUCUAUUGGAGUGUGCUCUAUGAUGCUACUGAGAGCUCAUUAAACGCCACGAACGUGCUGACACAUGCCUGCAAUUCCAUUUUUAUGUUCAUCGAUUUGCUGAUUGUGGCGCAUCCGUUGCGACUACUGCAUAUGUUUUUGCCAGCGGUAUUUGGUAUCAUAUUUGCAAUAUUCUCCGUCAUAUACCAGACAUGUGGCGGCAAGAACAGAAGGGGCAAACCGUACAUUUACCACGUGAUUGAUUGGCGUGAACCGUUAAAUGCCACACUUGUGGUUCUUGGCGUGCUCCUGCUUACCUGCUGCAUCUACUUGAUACUCUUCACCAUCUACAAGCUGCGCACUCUGCUCUAUAGACGCAUAAAUAAUGCCUCAUACUACUUCCCAACAACAACGCCGCAUACUGGCGGUACCGAGAAGUCCGCAAAUGGCACUUUGCCGAAAACAGUUAAAGGCACGGGCAUCCAGCAUUCGCCKUCCGGUAUUUCUAUGGUGUUCGGUAACUUCAACACGCCCACUGGCUAUCAUAACGAAGCGUUCACGAGUAGCACCGAAAAGUUGGAGCGGUAUUAAGCAAUUAUUGCGGGGAGUUUACAGGGAAACAAUGUGUAAUUCAAAUCAAAAUUGUAGGAGUGAUGAAUAUUAUUUGUAUAUAUGUAUAUGUAGUAGUUUGCAUGCGUGCUUAAAGUAUAUUGAUUAACACCUCAUAUUUCGUAACUAAUGUACAAAAUAAGUUUAAAAAACAUUUAUUUUUUCAUUUUAAUCUGUAUUUAGUAAUUUAAUAUUUUAGCGUAAUGCAAGCAAAUUGUUCUAGUGAGUUUUUCAGCAUUUCUAAGAAUAGAUGUAGCAKUAGUUAAGAAAUAUCGAACUGGUUGUGCGUAUACCUUUAA